AUGUCUACUCUAUUGCUUCCUUUAGUUUCCACAGGUAACGUUUCCCAAUUAUGCGUCGAUUUGGUACUACAUUCAGAAAGUGACGAAUUCACAUUUGUCAAAGAGCUUGAUUCAAUUUGGCUUCACUCCUUUAUUGGACCGUUGGAUUUCGUGGAAGGUAGCUCAAAACCUUUGUACCAUGAUUGUAAAGGGUCUAAGAAACAAUUUACUACUCCGUUAGAGUUAUUCUAUAACAGAAGAUUGGAUUUGUAUGUUAUUCAGCAGAGAUCACCAGUCAUUGCCGGGUACGAGAACCAGUUCUUUAAAGAGGUUAUAAUACCACUGAUCAAGUCGUACGGCAUUGAAUCUGUCAUUGUGUUGGAUUCUGCAGGAGCUCUGGACCCCAGUGUACCAUUUUCGAAUGCGAACUAUCAACAUCAAUAUGCCACAGCCAAAUGUCAAUUGGAAUCCCUUGAUAAUAUCACAUUACAAUUCCAGACCAGAUUGUCGAUACAGGACGAUGAACACUCUAUAGUGAAUCAAGUGUUCCAUUUUGAUACGGCCAGUUUCCAGCAGAAUUUUUCUGCCGAUCAACCGGUGUUCAAGUUAUUCCAUCAUUUGUUGUAUCAGUCCGAUUUGAACCUCAAAUCAAUUACUUAUCUCAGCAAAGUGGUUCAUGAAGGAGAUAACUCUUGGGAUGCCUUCCAAAUAUGCGAAAAGUUGGCAGAGUUGAUCCAAGACUUAAUCCAGGGACGGUUGACUGCUCCUGUAUCUUGGAAAGGCGUUUACGGUGCGAGACCCAUUGCUUCAGGAUUUGACCAAGGUAUUUAUAGCUGA